ACCUCAUAGCUAAAGAGAGUGGCGUACACACAACGGGAUCGCUCUCGUCCGUGUUUCCUUAAUUUUGCCGUUCAGUCAGAGAUUUUUUGGGGUAACAUUUCUUAUACUAACUAAUAAAAGCAACUGAAGAAAUGGCAUUGGUGUUUGGGUAUCCGGUAUUUGCUCAUCUGCAGGAUCCCUGUGUGGAGCCUUGUCUGUGUCUGUCCCGGGGCAGGAGUGUCAUGGCGGAGCCAGACUACCUGGAGGGAGACUGCGAUGAGCUCAUCAAGCCCAAGAAGUUGCUCAACCCAGUCAAGACCUCCAGGAACCACCAGGACCUGCACCGUGAACUGCUCAUGAACCAGAAGAGAGGCCUGGCUCCCCAGAACAAGCCAGAGCUCCAGAAGGUUCUGGAGAAGAGAAAGAGGGAGCAGGUUCUCAAGGCCCAGAAGGAGGAACAGGAGGCUCACAAGAAGAGGAGCGACCUGGAGAUAGAGCUGAUGAAGAGACAACAGAAGCUGGAACAGCUGGAGUUGGAACAACAGAAAGAUGAGGAGGAGCAAGAAAACACCCCUGAGUUUGUGAAGAUGAAGAGCAACCUGAGGAGGACCAAGCAGGAGGCAGAUGGGGAGGAGCGAACCACCUAGAGCCCGAAAGGGGGGAGGUGUCUGGGUUUGGGAGUGUGAGUGUGAAUGUGCACAUCAGAUAUUGUGCAUGAGUGCGUUGACUGUGGCACAUGUAGACACGGUGAAUUCGCCGUAGUCUGAGAUGGACUUCCUGGUUUUCCCGAACCCUGCUAUUGCUAUCUGCAGAGAAGAGACAGACAUUACAGACUAAAGUGCCCUCUGCCUGGCUGGCACACACCACCAGUACUCACCUAAGACCCAACACAACAGACACACUGGGGAGCAACUUUUAACACAGACAUGUUACACGCCACACACCGGGGCUAGCAGGCUUCUGAGGACAUCUAACGGAGGGACCAAAAUAACUCACACAGAGUUUGCAACCCCUGUUCCCUCCUCCUUUCUUACAGGCCAUGAAAGAGAUGUACAUCAUGCUUGUUGUUGUUGUUGUUGUUGUUGUCGUCGUCGUCGUUUUGUUGUUUUUGAUGUUUUAAUCUUCAGUAUCAAGAAUGGAAAAGUGGACACUGGAUGGACUCUUGAAGCUGUGUAUUGUAAAGGCCAAAUUGAUGUGCUUUUUUUUGUUAUUUAUGUUUGUAGUUUUCAGCCCAUGUAGGAAGCGAGUGACACAUGUCACCCCACACCUCAGUCAGUUUUAAAGCUUAGUUUGGGAAUCCCCAGGGCAAGAGGGGAAGAAUAGUGUGUGAAACACCCAGUUUGCUUUUCAUUCUUUUUUUCUUUUUCUUUCUCAAAUAUGCCAUUUCCUUAGCUAACCCUUUUUGAGCAAUACUAGAACUCCCAAGUGUGAGAGUGAUCUUUUCUUUAUAUAAUUCUAUUGUUUUGUAUAAAUAAAAAUAAAUUAACUUAAUUUGUAAGUUGUUGCUGAUAGUAAAUCUUUAGUUUGAUCUGAUCUGUGGAUACCAGAACUGGUACAUGGGAGCCACCUUUCCUUGGACUUCUGAGUACCCUGCUGUCUAUGUCAGAACCCACACAAACAGUUCUUAUUUCUUAUGAAUCAAUUUCCAACGUGAUUAAAAAAUAAUAUAUGAAUGAAAUCCAACUGCUUUUUUCCCACUGAUGCUCAAGCAUGCUCUCUUGCUCUGAGCUUAAGGUUACAUUUGACUCAACUUUAACUGACUUCAUGUUGUUCAAAGGUUUGAGAAAAGUUACAUUUAUUCAAAAAUGCUAACUAGAAUGUUACUUUUGGUCUUGUGAUGAACCCAACUCUAAGUAUGGUUGGUUAUAGUGUCUGCAGAUUAGUAGAUUAUUGUUUUGUACACAUUUCUCCUGUGUUACUCUUCAAAACACAACUUCUUCUUUAAAAUAAAUAUAAUUUUAACAUGA